GUUUCUUUGGUGCCUUCUUCAGAAAGCCAUUGAGAGUGGAAGUGCUGGAGAAGGCCAUUCAGUGGGGAAAUUUCCUUUUCCCUCUGUUCGGCCUGAAAGCGAAAACCACAUUGGGAGAGAGCAGUUGAGUGCUGCACAUCACAAAGGUGCUGGCUCUGCUGUGAGCAUUUAGGGGUAAGGCUGGAGGGGGUCUACCUGUAGGGCAGAGGCCAGGGUUUGGUGUGUGUUUUAUUUUGCCUUGCUUGUGCCUCUGAAGAUGGCACGAACAAGGAAAUGAGCUGUGAUUGUUCCACGUGCUGUGCUAGAACUGAGAGCACACAGGGUUUGAAAAGAAGUCCCCUUCGUGAUGCUAUUGCGUUGAAACCUGCAGCUGGCAGUAAAAAGACAACGUUCUGGGUUUCACUUUGGAGGCAAACAGGUUCAGAGGCAGGUAUGGACCUAAGUAAUCCUCAGGAACAGCCACUGGCUGCAGAAGGACAGGAGGUUUUGACAGACUGUAAUCUGAGCAAAUCCCAGGAAAUGGAAAGGAUGGAUAAUGCAGCAGAUAUGAAGGAACACAAUCAGUCUAAUGAAGAAGCAGAAGAUGAUGUGGUUAAAGUGAAAGGUGAAUACAGUGAAAGAGAGGAGAGUGCUUUACAUUCAGAGCCAAUGGAAACCCCUGAAGAAUCUGAACUGCCUUACACCUAUCCCAGAGAAUAUAAUGAAUAUGAAAGCAUUAAACUGGAAAGACAUUCGGGUUCAUAUGAGAACAUCAGGCCAGCUAGUGGGAAAAUGACUUGUGAUAUCUGUGGAUUAGCAUGUAUUAGCCUCAAUGUCUUGAUGGUUCAUAAGCGUAGCCACACUGGUGAACGGCCAUUCCAGUGUAAUCAGUGCGGAGCUUCCUUUACUCAGAAGGGAAACCUCCUCCGCCACAUUAAACUACACACAGGGGAAAAACCUUUUAAAUGUCAUCUUUGCAGUUAUGCCUGCCAAAGGAGGGAUGCGCUAACAGGUCACUUAAGGACACAUUCUGUGGAGAAGCCAUACAAGUGUGAGUUCUGCGGGAGGAGCUACAAGCAGAGGAGCUCGUUGGAGGAGCACCGGGAGCGGUGCCGUACGUACCUGCAGAACGCUGGCAUGUGUGAGCCUGUAGCGAGCGUGGAGGGAAGGCACAUCAAGGCAGAGAUGGGGAGUGAAAGAGCCCUUGUGCUGGACAGGCUAGCGAGCAACGUGGCAAAGAGAAAAAGCUCAAUGCCUCAGAAAUUUAUUGGUGAGAAACGCCACGGUUUUGAUGUUAAUUAUCAUUCAAGUUUCAUGUACGAAAAGGAAAGCGAUGUGAUGCAAGGACGUAUGAUGGACCAGGCCAUAAACAAUGCCAUCACCUACCUGGGGGCUGAAGCCUUGCGCCCUCUUGUGCAGACACCACCAGCUCCCACCUCCGAGAUGGUCCCCGUCAUCAGCAGCCUGUACCCCAUUGCGCUGACCCGCGCUGAGGUGCCCAACGGCACCUCGCAGGAUGCUGAGAAGAGCCACCCCCACCUAAGGGACAAAAGCCUGUCUUCAGACAGAGGCCUCUCCCCCAACAACAGUGGCCAAGACUCCACAGACACUGACAGCAACCACGAGGAGCGGCAGAAUCCCGCUUUCCACCCAAGCCAGAUGCUCCCCGCUCAGGCCCGCAACGGCCUCCAGCCCUUGAAGGACUUCCCAAGGCCGUACGACAUCAUCAAGCCGCCUGCCAUAUGCCCACGAGAUGCCUUCAAGGUCAUCAACAAGGACGGGGAAGCCAUUGGGGUGUACCGGUGUGACCACUGCCACGUCCUCUUUUUGGAUUACGUGAUGUUCACCAUCCACAUGGGCUGCCACGGCUUCCGUGACCCCUUCGAGUGCAACGUCUGCGGGUACCGGAGCCACGAUCGCUACGAGUUCUCGUCCCACAUAGCACGAGGAGAGCACCGGGUGGUGCUCAAGUAAAAGGACCCGUUUCACAAGGUCAGAGGGGAGGCUCGUUGGGUUGUCAUUAGCAGGAAGAAACCUCUUGAAUAUAUUUUUCUAUGCCAGAGUGUCAUGGGGCAGGUGACACCUUUUUACACGUUCCUUUGCAAACCAGUCAGUGUUCUGUAGCAUCUCUGCCUCGCUGCUGUGCUGGCUGGGACUGAGCAAAUCCCAGGAGCAGAGACCCGUUUUUAGAGGAAGUUUAUUUUUGUGCAAAUUAAGAGCCAUUAUUUUUUUAACGUGCAUUUGUGUUUCCUAAUGUGUGCUUUAACUCAGCUCAAAAGGGUUUGAUGCCCUGCUGAUGCUGGUCCCAUGUGUAGGAGCAGGAAUAUAGGAGGAGCUUUGUUUUAGCUGUUACAAUCCCAACGGGCUUCAAAUCACUAAAACAAGGCAAACACACUGGGAGGGAUUAUUAAUUCCUCUUCAAAGGUUUUCCCCUAAGUUUUAAAGAGCAUGUGGCCCCACCACACUUUCAUUUUUCUUCCCCUUCUGUUCACCUGCUUUAAAGUCACUCCCACACGUGUCUCAGUAAGAGCAAAGCGAGAGAUGAGACCUGGGUUGGGGGUUUUUAACAGCACGCCUUUUUGGGAUACCCAGUGAGGUCACUGCUUGGCUCACCCAUGCAGUCUGGGGGGAAAUCCUGCCUUUCAGUGAUGGGAAGUCCUCCUUUCCGAUGGGUGCCAGGACCAAGGAGGACACUGUGUCU